AUGACUCGUAGUAUCGCUGUAUUGCUUGUAGGUUUAGCAUCUCUCUGUGCUUCUACUUUGGCGAAUCCCAUUGCAUUUCGUUCCAAUGCUAUUGACACAUCUUCAAACUUAAAUUCAAGCAUAGAUAGCCCCUUUGGUGAUCUGAGAAAGCGCAAGAACCAUGAUACCUACGUCUGUACCUGUACCUAUACCAAGGGAUCCAAUAAAAAACACAAGUUUACAACCACUGUUACUGAAAGCGACAUCAAGACGGUGACCAAGACGGUGUAUCCAUCAACUCAAAAGCCUGGUGCUACUGUCACUGUGACCAAGGGCGGUAGUGGUGCUACUGUAACUGUUACAAAAGCAACCCAUACAGUGACCCAUCAUGCUAGCAAGACAAAGGGUGAUGACUCUCUCGUCACUGUAACCGUUACUCGAACUAAGACUCAAACUGAAACUGCUACCUCUACCGUUAUUGUCGAUGAUAGCACCACCACCAUCAAGGCACCUUCUAGUACUGCUACUGCCACUGCCACUGAUAGCGGAAUUAUUACCAAGACCAUCACAAAGAAGGGAGGGCAUCACAAGCACAACGGUAAAGAAACUAUCGUCAUCAUUCAUCCUGCUGAAACCAUCACCAUCACUAAAAAGCACGGUAAAAAGGUCACUUCUGUCAAGCCCAAAUCCACAAAGACUGUUACCACCACACUCUCAAUGGUCACUCAUACUGUUACAGAGCCCGAAUCUACUAUUACUGUCACUAAGAACCACAAAACCAAGACUACUGUAAAGCCCGGAAAGACCACCACUGUUAUUGAACCUGCCACUACUACAUCAACUACUGAUUCUGCCUCAUCCGAUGGCUAUUCCACACAAACAUCUACCAGUACUUCAUCUACAUCUUCUCUCCACACAGCUUCUACUACUGGAUCCACUUCGUCUAAUGCUUCUGUUUCUGCUGUCAUAUCGACAGAAUCUGAUUUCACAACUGCUACCACCUCAGGUGCCAUCACUUCUACAAGCGCUUCAUCCACUACCAAAACCUCCACCGGCCCUCACUCUUCUUCUACUGAAUCCGGCUCAACCAAGGCCGACUCCACCACCUCCAGUGUUUCUGAUUCUGCCACAGGUACCUCCACCACUCCCACAUCAGAGGCCAAGACUUCUUCUGAUGAGUCUUCUAUCAUCACAUCUGAAUUCUCCACCAAAUCUUUUACCAAUUCUGAUAUUACUAGCAAGCAUGAAGAGACAACAUCCACCUCUGCUGAUAAGGAGACCACUUCUACUUCUGAGGCUCAUAAGGCUACUUCUACAACAGAGAAGGAUGGUGAACCUACCUCGAGCAUCGAGGAUAAGGAAACCUCUACUUCUGAACAAAAGUCUACACCUACCUUUACUAGCCACAAGAGCAGCUCCACCGAUGGCGGUGAGUCUACAUCAACCAAGGAUAAAGAGAAUACUACAAGCACGGAAAAGAACAGUACCUCUACUACUGCCAAGGAUGAGCCUACUACAACCGCUGAGCAAGACAAGGUUACUACCACAUCAACCAAGCAAAAGACAUCUGCUUCUGAAGAGGAUGAGCCUAUCAGCACCACCAAGGAGAAGACCACCACGACGGCUGAAGAGAAACCUACUACUACUGCCAAAAAGGAGGAGAAGAGCACAGCUACCAAGGACACUGAGGAUAAGGAGACAUCUUCUUCCAAAGAUUCCAAAGAUGAAGAGGAUAAGGCCACUACCAAGGAUGAAGAUGCUUCAGCCACCAAGAACAGUGAUGAGUAA